ACCAAUACAAUCAAGAACACAGCAAUGGCAACAACUGGCUUUCUGUUCUCCACAGCCAUUGUUUUUAUUUCUUUAUCUGUCAUCUACCUUCUUCCUUCUGCAAAUUCUGCAGAUUUUUCGGAUGAUUACAAAAACUCAUCGGUCCCCAAAACUGAUCUGGAUUUGUUGGAGUUCCCUUUGAAUCUCGAGUAUUUAGAAGCUGAGUUCUUCUUGUUUGGUGCUUUGGGUCAAGGCUUGGAUAAAGUUGCUCCACAUUUAGCUGAGGGCGGUCCAUCUCCCAUUGGUGCCCGAAAGGCCAAUCUUGUUACUCUCACCAAUGCUAUUAUCCUACAAUUUGCUUACCAAGAAGUUGGUCACUUUAAGGCGAUUAAGAAGAUAGUGAAAGGGUUUCCAAGGCCACAACUUGAUUUGAGUGCUUCAUUGUUUGCAAAAGUGAUAGAUAAAGCAUUUGGGAAGCCAUUGAAUCCUCCUUUUGACCCUUAUGCCAAUAGCAUUAACUUCUUCAUUGCUUCCUAUUUGAUUCCUUAUGUUGGACUCACCGGAUAUGUUGCUUCCUAUUUUUUAAGAGGUUGA